AUGUAUCUGCCUCAGACACCAGGAGCCGGUGGGCAUCGAGGAACGGGGUCCACCUCUUUUGCUGCCAUAGGCGCCACUCUUGUUCCCACCGUUAUCACAGCAGCCGCUUUCCUGGUUGCCUUUAUCUUGUUACGGUCGAGAUACCGAAACAUCUAUGCACCAAGAACGUACUUCCGCACAAUACCUCGAGGGGAUCGUACCCCUUCUUCUUCUAGCCAUGCCACUGUGUCGUGGUUUCAUGAUUUUCGUAUCCUUGACGAUAAAUUCGUCCUCCGCCACUCAUCACUAGACGCCUAUCUCUUCCUGCGAUAUCUUCGAAUGCUGGUCUUGAUAUCCGUGGUUGGAUGUGUUGUGGCGUGGCCGGUACUCUUUCCGGUCAACGCCACCGCCGGAGGGGAUGCUUCCGAAUUGGACAAGAUCAGUUUCAGCAAUGUGAAUGAUCCCAAAAAGCUUUAUGCCCACGCUAUUGUCGCAUGGAUCUUUCUUGGUUUUAUCAUGCUUCUCAUCACCCGAGAACGCAUGUUCGUCAUUGGGUUGCGUCAGGCAUAUCAAGCGACACCAAAAAAUGCUUCAAGGCUGUCGUCACGAGUAGUCCUGUUCCUCUCGGUCCCCCUUGACUGGCUUAAACCAGAACAUUUGCAACGUCAUUUUGGACCAGAUGCUAUUCGAAGUUGGAACGUCUCCUCGCUUGAGGGUGUCGAGCAAAUAGUCGCGACGCGGGAUGUCAAAGUUGAUGAGCUCGAGCAGGCGGAAUUGAAACUCCUCAAGAAGCGUCAUCGCAAACACUCAACCGGCACAGGCGGUGGAAGUUCCAACGAUGUCACAGACGAUCGGCCACAUCAUCGGUCUUACGUCGUGGUUGGCAAGAAGUCAGAUACGAUUGCUCGCUUGAGACAAGAACUACCUGAGAUCGCCUCUGAUCUGGCGCAACGUCGUCGUGCAGAUAAGUCGUCUCCAAGUCAUGGGUAUGGAGCAAUGUUUGUCGAAUUCAAGGAUCAAGUCAGCGCCAAUCAGGCCUUUCAGCAAUUCCACCACCCCGCGCCCUUUGCUUUGCAGCCCAAGUUCAUCGGCGUACAGCCCAAAGAGGUGCUCUGGCAAAAUCUGAACCUGGAACCAACGAUUAGAGUGUCAUAUUCGUACAUUGCCAUGGCAGUCGCUGUUGCGACCAUUAUUCUGUGGUCCAUUCCAGUUGGUAUCAUUGGGACCAUAUCCAAUCUCAAUUAUUUGACCGACAAGGUGCGAUUCCUGAGAUUUCUGAACGAUCUACCGGAUCCAAUCCUGGGAUUAAUCACCGGGCUUGUUCCUCCACUACUGCUCAGCACCGUGGUUUCGUAUGUGCCAUAUUACUUCAAGUGGCUAGCUACGAUAUCCGGUCAACCCACAUCUAAAGAGGUGGUCAAAUGGGCUCAGACAUGGAACUUUGUCUUUCAGGUGGUCCAAGUCUUCCUAAUCACAACUUUUUCCUCGGGUGCUGCAGCUGUUGCUACCAAGAUUGCCAACGAUCCCAAAUCGAUCCCGACUCUGCUGGCGAAGAACUUGCCCAAAGCCUCCAACUUUUAUUUGACAUACUUCAUCAUUCAGGGAAUCGGAACUGCAUCCAAGAACAUCAUCAACUACUCUGACCUGCUGCAAUUCCUCUUCUACUACAAUGUGAUGAGCAAAACGCCACGACAAAAGUACAACACGUACAUCCAGACCAAGGGCAUCAGUUGGUUUAAUGUCUUCCCCAAGUUCACGAACUUUGCCGUCAUUGCGAUAGCAUACUCGUGUAUCGCGCCACUGGUUUUGGGGUUUGCGGCUGUGGGGAUCUACUUGUUCUACCUCAGCUACAGAUACAAUCUUCUGUAUGUGAUCCAAGUGAAGUCGGAAACUCGAGGGGAGUCCUACACCCGAGCACUGCAACACUUGAUGGUGGGCGUCUAUCUGUCCGAGCUAUGCUUGAUUGGAUUGUUUGGAAUCAAGAAAGCGUCAGGAGCGUCAACUCUUCUGGUGAUUCUAUUCCUGACCACGAUCUUGUAUCAUUUGACAAUCAAUCGAUACCUAGGACCGCUAGAGAUGUAUCUGCCUGUGGAAGCAUUGACCAACGUUGAUGAAGAAUCGCGCUUACUGGAUUCUAAUGGUGCUACUAAUCCAAGCGAGGAUUCUCGGAUCUACAGACUUGGUCGAGGCAAGAUCCCUACGGUACUGCUGGACCCUUUGGCGUCAUUCCUCGAACCACACGUAUUCGCCUCACAAGAGGCAUUGCGUCCUUGGCUCCAGGAUCCUGAAGGCGAAUACGAGGAAACCGUGUCGUAUACGAAAGAACAGCUGGAGAACGCGUAUCUGAAUCCAGCUUUGACUUCCAAGACACCUAAGAUCUGGCUGCCGAAAGACUCGAAUGGCCUAUCAAACAAAGAAGUGGAGGACAACGAAAAAGCAGGACUACCUUGUACGAAUGACGGCGCAACGCUCGAUCAUGAGUCCAAGAUCCGAUGGAAUACGGAGGAUUUCAGUACCGUGCCAAUAUUCAAAGAGGCCACAAAAUUCUGAGCAUGGUGUAAUGCUAGGGUAAGAUUGAUGUACGAUGAAGUUUCUGUGUUGCAGAUCUCGGGUUGAGAGGCCCUUCGCCCACGAGUUAAUCGUGGUAUAGCAAGCAUGAAUUGCAAACAGGCAAAAAUCUAGAGGAUAAGAACUCAAAUGAUGGCCUGGUUAGAGCGACUGUCCAUCAGGGGACAGCUACAGUAUGAAAAAGCGUGCAGGUAGUUGGGC